AUGGCAGACCAUCAGUAUACACGCCAAACAUAUAGCCGGAAUGUUCAUGGCUCAAAUUGGCGUCAUUUUAGUGGCCCUGUUCGGCUGCGCCAACUUGGUUCAUGCGGGCAAAUGUUCCGAUCAUCUGCUCUCACUGAGCGCCGACGGCUGGAGCGAUGGCUAUGAAUCCGCCAGCCAAUACGAUUUUUCAGCUUGCACGGCCGUCUUCAGCACGUUCGAGAGACAUUUACCGCAAGUGCAUAAUUUGAUCAACGAGCACAUCGCUCAAAGCUUCCUUUACUCGAUUAUGUCGAGCCAUUUCGAAACGGACGCGGAAAAUCGUCUUGGAUUCGGUAAAUACCUGGACGACCUGGCGGAUUCCAUGUGGAACGACGCCGUCGAUCUCGUCAAAUACGCCGGAAAACGAGGAGCUACCGUUGCUCCUAUCAUGGACGAUGACAACACGGGUCUUCGUCUUUCCGCUAAUUUGAACGACGGUAUCAAACCGUGGACUGAAAUCGAAGCGCUCGCUUUGAUCCAGGAUCAUCACCAUGUUACGGCUACCAAGAUUCAUCACCUUCAAGGAAGUACCCGAGAUACGGCUUUUAGCCAUUUUCUGGAAAACCAAUUCACUAGUCAGCACGUUGAACGCAUCCGGGAGCUUGCAGGUCACAUGACCAACUUGGUGCCCAUGUACCAGGAGACGAGCGGCAGCGAUUUGGCUCUUUACCUCUUCGAUCAGUCACUUGCCUAAACGUGUGUGUGUGUGUCUUACACAAAGUUGUUGAUGGUUGACACAUGAUUGCCAUUAUUCACGUCCUGUAGUUGUUAAAAAA